UCCCUGCCUUCCUGUCCGUCCUCGGCCGGGAGCUGCCCCCAUACACAGAUCAAGAAGGAAGCAGCUCCACCUGUUCUCUCUCUCUCUCUCUCUCUCUCUCUGUCCUCCAUUUUCACCUUUACUCUCUCUCUCUCUCUCCACACCGGAGAGAGAGCCAGAGGAGUGCGGCCGUGUUUUCCUUCUGCGUGGUUUUUAUUCACCCUCUCGACUCCCCCUGGGGAUCCGGGGUUGAAGGUGGUUUCGGGGGACUGGGUGAAACAGGAGCAGCAUGGGGUCUGACGAAUCCUACAACUUUGUCUUUAAAGUGGUGUUGAUCGGAGAGUCCGGCGUGGGAAAGAGCAACCUCCUGUCCCGCUUCACCAAGAACGAGUUCAGCCACGACAGCCGCACCACCAUCGGCGUGGAGUUCAGCACACGGACCGUUCAGAUGGACAACUUCACCAUCAAGGCUCAGAUCUGGGACACGGCGGGGCUGGAGCGCUACAGGGCCAUCACCUCAGCGUACUACAGGGGAGCCGUCGGGGCGCUGCUGGUCUACGACAUCAGCAAACACCUGACCUACGAAAGCGCGGAGCGGUGGCUCAAAGAGCUGUACGACCACGCAGACCCUCACAUCGUCGUCAUGCUGGUGGGGAACAAGAGCGACCUGGAGCCCAGCAGGACGGUGCCCACCGACGAGGCCAGAGACUUCGCAGAAAAGAAAGGCCUUAUGUUUAUGGAGACAUCGGCCCUUGAUUCCACCAACGUUGAAGCUGCUUUCAAUGAAGUUCUCUCAGAGAUCCAUAGGAAGGUGGCCAGCAAGGAGGUGACGCGCGGCUCCAUCUCGGCCGUGACCCUGUCCAGCCCCAUCAGGCCGUCCGGCGACACGCAGGAGGAGCGGAAAGGCUGCUGCAGCCGCUCCUAACCGGCCGCCGCGCCCGCCAACACUGCGCUCGACUGUCUUUCACAGGAUGUGAAGAGCAGGACACCUGGUCCACAUGUGACCACAUGGUGUUCAGACCUCAGGAAAUAUAAAAGCCGUACGUUCCAUGACUCACUGAUUCACUGCCACAAAAAAACAAUCUAAAUUUCAUACAAAAAAAAACCCCACAGCCUCCAAACGGUAUUGCUGCAGUUGUGUUGUUUCUUUAUACUCCUGUUGUUGAUGCUUUGUAAAAUUUUUGUUGGUUUUAUAAAGGAAUGCGCACGGAUGUACUUGGAAUAAAUUAUUUAUGCUCA